CAUAUCUUCUGCUACAGAAUUUCGUCUUAAGGUUGCGAAGAAACUUGCAUUUCUGUCGCAAAUAAUUAAAAGUAUCUGUAAUUUCGAGCCUAAAAGAAGAAAAUGGGAAGAAAAAGAAGUAGAAAAAAUAAACGAGAUAUAUAAAGAAUGAUGAAGCUUCUGAAGCCAGAGAAGAAUAUCUCCAAAUUUUUUCAGAAUAUAAAUUAUUAAAUAACUUGUAACGAAGAAACGAAGACAUCCGAAAAUAUCGUAACUGAGAAAUUGAUAUUCUUCUGUUUAUAUUUAAGUCACCAAUAUUUCAAAUGGAGAUAUUUAAUUUUAAGAUAAAUUGUCUCCAAUAUCGCAUUGUUGUUCAGUUAGAAAAUCAAUAGAAUCAAAGAAGGAGAGUCAAGAAAGCCCCAAACAGAUACACACAAAUAAUGUCGACACUCAAGUUUUAGAGAAGUUUGGAAUUAUUAUGUCGACAGCUUAUCUAGUUGUCAAAUGCAUCUUGAGCAAUUUGAGUUGUCCGGAAUUGGACCAAUGUGCUUGGGUAUGCAUUCUUUGGAAGAAGGUUUCGGAAGACAUAUUAAGUAAGAGGAGAAAAGUGGUUUUCUUAUUCUUGAGAUAUGAUUACUGUAUUGGAUAUGAUCUUGCUACUGGACUUAGCAGAUAUUCUCCUUCAUUUGACAGACCGUCUGGGCUCAAUUGUGAAAUAAUCAGCCCUUCUGAGGUUGGUUUUGUCAUGGAUCUAUGUGACUUUGAUGUAAGAAUUGUGGAAUGUGAAGGAUGCGAGAGGAAAACUAACUUAUGUUGCAGUCACAAUUUACUUACCGAAAAUGAAACAAAAUUUUGGGAUAGCUUGUCCGAGUGUACAAUUUAUUCACUCUUAACAGACAUACACAAGCUUCCUGUUACUUGGAUUAACUUCUAUAGAAGGACGGCUAUCAUCAUUCCAUACGUGCCUGGAAUAAAGAUACAUUCAUUUAAUUUUCCUUGUGCAGGAGUCAUAAUUAAAAGUUUAGCAUACAAUGACUUCUUGAAGAUGGCAAAUAUUCCUUCUGAAGAAGACAUAAAGUGCUUAUUGUUGUUUUUUGAUGACUUUAGAGGCACAAAAAGAAUUUUAUCUUGGUUAUCUGGACAAAAUAAAGAAAUGGCAGUUGCCGGUGCAACACUAAGUUGUAAGAGUGGUUCAAAACAGUGCAUGGGUAUUGCAUUUUCUGGUAAACAUAUUCGAGCCUCUUCGCUAAUUCUUAAAAAUGACGACAAGGAUUUUAUACAAGAAAAGUUUAAAAAAUUGAAAGAAAGUAAUAUAUUUAACAUAUGCCUAGCAUUUAUAUUUGGCAACAGGGAUAUGUCUCCACCUUAUGAAGAAAUAUCACUCGCAAGUUGCAUAUUUAAAGAAAUGUUUCCUGAAAUUCCUUUAUUUGCUUUCUAUUCAUAUUCACAUUUUGCAUUAAAUUAUAUUCCAGGUCAGAUGGAAGAGGUGAACUGCAAUCGAAUUACAAUAUUAAAUCACUCUACAGCUUUUCUCCUGAUCUCACUGGGAACAAAUACUGUGUAAAUAAUUUUAACAGUAAUUUUACAGUUUUAAUUUUUGUUAAUUUAUAUCCUUUUCCUCAGUAUAUUCACAAAUAUAGAUGCUUUUUGAGCAUCCACUUCAAGUAUUUUUAACCUAUAAAUAAUCUGAAAAAAUGCAACAAUGUCUGGUUACUUGAUUUGGCUUCUAGGUUCAAAUUCCUCUUCUCCAACUGCUCUGGUUCCAAUUAUCCCUCUGCUCUGGUCUUCAGUUCAGAGUAAGUUAUCCCAAUUUUUGAUUUAUCAUAAAAUUUCUUCCUAAAUUCUUUUCUCUUUUGUCAAGUUGUCCUUUCACAAAAUAUAGUUAACUUAAUUUUUAUCUCAUCCAGUCAAAAAAUUGUAUAUUUUCUCCUUUCAUGUUUUGAAUCAUACCAGUGACUGAGUAGAUAAAACCACUAAACACUGGUAAUUAGUUGUGGGUUAUCCUCAUAAGUGAACCAUCUGUGCAGACAGAAAAGAGGUCAGUUGGUUGGUUUAUAGUUCCUCUUUUAUUUGCAUUUUUUUUUAUUGGUCAACAUUAUUGUCUUUUAAGAGAAUUAUUUUGUGCCAUUUGUGAAAGUUUAAAAAUAUGAUAACUGGUCCCUCUGUUGGUGGAUUUCAAUAAUUGGCAAAUGUUACUCCGAGGCAGUUUUUCUUUAAGCCAAUGGCUUUUGCCAGAGAACCUAUACUAACAAAGACAAUAUCAAGAGAAGUGAGACUUUCAAGAAAUCUGCAAAAGCUGGUAUAGCAAGAAAACUUUGGAUACCUCUAUCUUCUUCUGUUUGUUUAUUAUUGCUCUAUCAUCAUCUUAGAUUUUUCAUGUAUUUUAAUUCAUAAAUUUGUUUCAUUUUUGCCACAGAAAAGUAGAAAAUAUUAUUUACAUUUCUUUAAAACGUUUUCUUUGUUAGUUAUAUCAUACUUUUUCUUAUAUUUUCUUCAUUUUCCAACCAAUAUUUUUAUUCUAUCAAAUACAAAGCUAUACCUUCCAUUAUUCUGUAGUAUUAGUUAGUUUUUUUUUAAUUAUUUUUCUAAUCAUUACUUUCUUAUCACACACGGAAGAAACACUAAAAUAAAAAAUAAAAGUGUCUUUAACUUUUUCUCCUAAUUCACACCUUUGGAAUUUGACAAUAAUGUGACAAUUGCUUUGGCAGAGUCAAUCUUCAAACUCUCCUCAGCGUUGAUACACAAAAUAAUAAUAAAAUUCCUUUGUGUUGGUACAAUUAAAAAUAUAUAUUACAAAUAUAAAUAAAAUACUGUAUCUGGACAACAGUUAACUUUCUUUCUAAUUGGUUGAAGUGUUACUUUCUAAUUUAGUUUCGAAAAAUCCCUUCUUAGUGUGCAUUCCCGUGGUAUACCCUACUAAAACGCAGAUAUAAACAAAA